CUUCAGUCCGGGCGAUGGACGCCUUGUGAGACUGGUCCCCCUCGCUGGGGGCGCGUUUGUGAGGCGGCGACCGACUGACUGUCCGGGAGCCCCCGGGCCCGGCCCUCCCUCGCCUUCCUCGGCCCCUCCCACUCUCUUUGGCCCUGGAGCUGCCACCGCUCGGGAGUCCGUGCUAGUCCCUGCCUCGCGUUGCCGCCGCCCUCCGGGCCUAGCCCGCCCAGUCCGCGCAGCGGCGGCGGCGGGGAGCCGGAGCCGUCGCCGCACCCGCCGCAUCCGCUUCCACUCGGUGCCGGCUCUUUGCCUUGCCCCUCAUGACUGCGGCGUCUCUGCUGCUACAGCCUUCCCGGCCGCCGCUUGCCGCAGGAUGGCUGCGGAUCGCGAGGCGCUAACCCCAGUGGCUCAGCUCCUCGAUAGCCCGCCGGCGAGCCCGCCUUGUGAGCCGAAGCAGCAGUCGCAGCAGGGCCCCGUGUCCCGCCUCGCCUUCGGGGCGACUUGUCAGUGCUAAGCGAGGAGUCGUCCGGUUUGAUCCUAACCCGUCGGGAGCCGGAGCCGUCGUAGCGGUACCUGCCAACCUGCGCCGCUCCUCCGGGUCGGCCCCUCACCUUCUCUUCAUUCACAAAUUCGACCCGGCUCGCCUCGCUCCAGCGGACCGACCAUGUCCGGAGGCGCCGCGGAGAAGCAGGGCGGCACUCCGAGCUCCCUGUUCCUCUCGCCGCCGGCGCCUACCCCCAAGAAUGGCUCUAGCUCAGAUUCCUCUGUUGGGGAGAAACUGGGCGCGGCGGGGACAGACGCUGGAACUGGCAGGACUGAGGAGUACCGGCGUCGCCGCCACACUAUGGACAAGGACAGCCGUGGGGCGGCCGCGACUACCACCACCACCGAGCACCGCUUCUUCCGCCGCAGCGUCAUCUGCGACUCCAACGCCACGGCGUUGGAAUUGCCCGGCCUCCCGCUUUCUCUCCCUCAGCCCACCGUCGCCGCAGUGGUUCCACAGAGUACUCCGCCGGAGCCCCAUCGCGAGGAGACCUUGACCGCGACCGUCGCUGCCCAGGUAGCCCAGCAGCCUCCCGCCGCAGUUGCUGCCCCGAGAGAACCCGCUGCCCCGGGCCCUGCAGCCUCGACUGCCCCCAGCAGUAUCAGCAAAGACCGCCAAAUUGCCCAGCCCGACCAUGUGGGGAGCAAAGAGGAGCCUCCAUCAGCGAGAAGCGGCAGCGGCGGCAGCAGCGCCAAGGAAUCGCAAGAGGAACGGAGCCAGCAACAGGAUGAUAUCGAAGAGCUGGAGACCAAGGCCGUGGGAAUGUCCAACGACGGCCGCUUUCUCAAGUUUGAUAUAGAAAUUGGCAGAGGCUCCUUUAAGACGGUCUACAAAGGACUGGACACUGAAACCACUGUGGAGGUCGCCUGGUGUGAACUGCAGGAUCGAAAGUUAACAAAGUCUGAGAGACAGAGAUUUAAAGAAGAGGCUGAAAUGUUAAAGGGUCUUCAGCAUCCCAAUAUUGUUCGAUUCUAUGAUUCCUGGGAAUCCACAGUAAAAGGAAAGAAGUGCAUUGUUUUGGUGACAGAACUUAUGACAUCUGGAACACUUAAAACAUACCUAAAAAGGUUUAAGGUGAUGAAGAUCAAAGUUCUACGAAGCUGGUGCCGGCAGAUCCUUAAAGGACUUCAGUUUCUUCAUACUCGAACUCCACCUAUUAUUCACCGAGAUCUUAAGUGUGACAACAUCUUUAUCACUGGUCCUACAGGCUCCGUCAAGAUUGGAGACUUAGGUCUGGCAACCCUGAAGCGGGCUUCUUUUGCCAAGAGUGUGAUAGGUACCCCAGAAUUCAUGGCCCCUGAGAUGUAUGAAGAGAAAUAUGAUGAAUCCGUUGACGUUUAUGCCUUUGGGAUGUGCAUGCUUGAGAUGGCCACAUCUGAAUACCCUUACUCAGAGUGCCAGAAUGCUGCGCAGAUAUACCGUCGUGUGACCAGUGGGGUGAAGCCAGCCAGUUUUGACAAAGUAGCAAUUCCUGAAGUGAAGGAAAUUAUUGAAGGAUGCAUUCGGCAAAACAAAGAUGAAAGAUAUUCUAUCAAAGACCUUUUGAACCAUGCCUUCUUCCAGGAGGAAACAGGGGUACGGGUAGAAUUAGCAGAAGAAGAUGAUGGAGAAAAGAUAGCCAUUAAAUUAUGGCUACGUAUUGAAGAUAUUAAGAAAUUAAAGGGAAAAUACAAAGACAAUGAAGCUAUUGAGUUUUCCUUUGACUUGGACAGAGAUGUGCCAGAAGAUGUUGCUCAAGAAAUGGUAGAGUCUGGGUAUGUCUGUGAAGGUGAUCACAAGACCAUGGCGAAGGCCAUCAAAGAUAGAGUGUCAUUAAUUAAGAGAAAACGGGAGCAGCGGCAGUUGGUGCGGGAGGAGCAAGAAAAAAGAAAACAGGAAGAGAGCAGUUUCAAACAGCAAGUAGAUCAACAAUCAAGUGCUUCCCAGGCAGGAAUCAAGCAGCUCCCCUCUGCUAGCACUGGCAUACCUACUGCCGCUACCACUUCAGCUUCAGUUUCUACACAAGUAGAACCUGAAGAACCUGAGGCAGACCAACAUCAGCAACUACAGUACCAACAACCUAGUAUAUCUGUGUUAUCUGACGGGACUGUUGACAGUGGUCAGGGAUCUUCUGUCUUCACAGAGUCUCGAGUGAGCAGCCAACAGACAGUUUCAUAUGGAUCCCAACAUGAACAGGCACAUUCUACUGGCACACUCCCAGGGCACACAGCUUCUGUUGUCCAAGCACAAUCUCAGCCCCAUGGGGUAUAUCCACCCUCAAGUAUGGCACAGGGGCAGAGCCAGGGUCAGCCAUCCUCAAGUAUUGUAACAGGGGUUUCAUCUUCCCAACCCAUACAACAUUCUCAGCAGCAACAGGGAAUACAACAGACAGCCCCCCCUCAACAGACAGUGCAGUAUUCACUUCCACAGACAACAACCUCCAGUGAGGCCACUACUGCACAGCCAGUGAGUCAGCCUCAGGCUUCACAGGUCUUGCCUCAAGUAUCAGCUGGAAAACAGCUUCCAGUUUCCCAGCCAGUACCAACUAUCCAAGGCGAACCUCAGAUCUCAGUUGCAACACAACCCUCAGUUGUUCCAGUCCAUUCUGGUGCUCAUUUCCUCCCUAUGGGACAGCCACUCCCUACUUCCUUACUCCCUCAGUACUCUGUCUCUCAAAUUCCUGUAUCAGCUCCUCAUGUGUCUGCGGCUCAGGCAGGUUUCUCAACCCUUCCCAUCACAAUUGCAGCUGGCAUUAAUCAGCCUCUGCUCACCUUGGCUUCAUCGGCUACAGCAUCUGUGAUCCCAGGGGGAUCAACUCUGGCUUCUAGUCAGCUUCCAACCCUUCUGCAGCCUGUGACUCAGCUGCCAAGUCAGGUUCACCCACAGCUUCUGCAGCCAGCAGUUCAGUCCAUGGGACUACCAGCUAACCUUGGACAAGCUGCUGAGGUUCCACUUCCCUCUGGAGAUGUUCUGUACCAGGGCUUCCCACCUCGAUUGCCACUGCAAUAUCCAGGAGAUUCAAAUAUUGCUCCCUCUUCCAGCGUGGCUUCUGUUUGCAUCCCUUCUACAGUCUUAUCCCCUCCCAUGCCUACAGAAGCAUUAGCUACACCAGGUUACUUUCCUACAGUGGUGCAGCCUUAUAUGGAAUCAAAUCUUGUAGUUCCUGUGGGCAGUAUAGGAGGACAGGUUCAAGUGUCCCAACCAGCAGUGAGUUUAGCACAAGCCCCCACUACAUCCUCCCAGCAAGCAGCUCUGGAGAGUACUCAGGGAGUGUCUCAGGUUGCUCCUCCAGAGCCAGUUCCAAUAACACAGCCACAACCUACCCAGCCUACCACUUUGGUCUCUUCUAUAGACAGUGCACAUUCAGAUGUUGCUUCAGGUAUGAGUGAUGGCAAUGAGAAUGUCCCAUCAUCCAGUGGAAGGCAUGAAGGGAGAACUGCAAAACGGCAUUAUCGAAAAUCUGUAAGAAGUCGAUCUCGUCAUGAAAAGACUUCUCGCCCAAAAUUGAGAAUUUUGAAUGUUUCAAAUAAAGGAGACCGGGUAGUAGAAUGUCAGUUAGAGACUCACAAUCGGAAAAUGGUUACAUUCAAAUUUGAUUUAGAUGGUGACAAUCCCGAGGAGAUAGCAACAAUUAUGGUGAACAAUGACUUCAUUCUAGCAACAGAGAGAGAGUCCUUUGUGGAUCAAGUGCGGGAAAUUAUUGAAAAAGCUGAUGAAAUGCUCAGUGAGGAUGUCAGUGUGGAACCAGAGGGUGACCAGGGAUUGGAGAGUCUACAGGGAAAGGAUGACUAUGGCUUUUCAGAUUCUCAAAAAUUGGAAGGAGAGUUCAAACAACCACUUCCUGCAUCUUCCAUGACACAACAAAUAGGCAUUCCUACCAGUUCUUUAACUCAAGUUGUUCAUUCUGCUGGAAGACGGUUUAUAGUGAGUCCUGUGCCAGAAAGUCGAUUACGAGAAUCAAAGGUUUUCACUGGUGAAAUAUCAGAUACGGUUGCUGCCUCUACGUCUCAUGGUGCUGGAAUGAAUUUGUCUCACUCUGCUUCAUCCCUUAGUCUACAGCAGGCCUUUUCUGAACUUAAAAAUGUCCAGAUGACAGAAGGACCCAAUACAGCACCUCCCAACUUUAGUCAGACAGGACCGACAUUUCCAGUAGUACCUCCUUCCAUGGGUAGCAUUGCUGGAGUCCCCACCACAGCAGCAACCACACUUUCAGUAUCAGUCCCUGUAACUAGCUGCCCUCUUAAUGACAUUUCCACAUCAGUCAUUCAGUCUGAGAUUACAGUGCCCACUGAAAAAGGGAUUACCACCUGCACAAGUGUAACUUCAAGUGAACUCUGUAUACCACCUGUGUCUGAAGAAUCACCAGUGCUUUCCAGCAUGGUUUCAGGCAUCACUAUACCUACAGUUGUCUCAACAUCAGCAACAUCCCAGUCGGUUCUGGCUCCCACAUCUGGGAGUGUUGUUUCUAGUAUAGGUACUUUACCCUCUAGACCGGUUUCAACAACUUCAGCCUCUGCAGUGAGCAGUGCUGCUGCUCCAGGGGCUAAUCCUCCACCUGCAUUAUCUCAGCCAUCAGCAGGCAGUACUACUACAGGGGCAGCCACAUUAACCUCAGUUUCUAACACCACUCCGUUCCCAAGCAUAGCUUCACAGCCAUCUCUUCAGCUUAGCAGCAGCACCUCUGCUCCUACACUAGCUGAGACAGUAGUGGUUAGUGCACACUCACUUGAUAAAAUAUCUCAUAGCAGUACAGCUGGAUUGGCUUUGUCCCACUCUGCACCCUCCUCCUCCUCUUCCCCUGGAGCAGCAGUAUCUAGUUCGAUUUCUCAACCUGGUGGGGUGCAUCCUUUGGUCAUUCCCUCAGUUAUAGCUUCUACUCCUGUCCUUGCCCAAGCAGCAGGACCUACUUCUACACCUUUAUUACCCCAAAUACCUACUAUCCCACCUUUGGCACAGCCUGUUGCUAGUGUGCCUGCUGUACAGCAGACACUAAUUCAUAGUCAGCCUCAACCAGCUUUGCUUCCCAACCAGCCUCAUACACACUGUCCUGAAAUAGAUGCUGAUACACAGCCCAAAGCUCCUGGAAUUGAUGACAUAAAGACUCUAGAGGAAAAGCUGCGAUCUCUCUUUAGUGAACACAGCUCAUCUGGAACUCAACAUGCCUCUGUCUCAUUGGAGACGUCACUAGUAGUAGAAACCAAUGCCACACCAGGUAUCCCAACGACUGCUGUUGCACCCAGCAAACUCAUGACUUCAACUACAAGUACUUGCUUACCACCAACCAGUUUGCCACUAGGAACAACUGGUUUGCCUGUUAUACCAGUGGUAACACCUGGGCAAGUUUCUACUUCAGUCAGCUAUGUUUCAGCCCCAGUCAGCACUACACCAGGAGUGAAACCUGGAACUGCUCCGUCAAAGCUACCUUUAACUAAGGCUCCAGUUGUGUCAGUGGGUUCUGAACUUCUAGCUGGUAUUCCAUCCAGUGAGCAGCUGCCACCUUUUCCAGGACCUUCACAAACUCAGCAACCUCUGGAAGAUCUUGAUGCUCAGUUGAGAAGAGCACUUAGUCCAGAGACUAUUGCAGUAACAUCUGCAGUUGGUCCUGGGUCCAUGGUGCCUCCAACAGCAGUUACAGAAGCAGGAGCUCAGCCUCAGAAGGAUGGUGAGAAGCAUCCUUCCUCUUCUGCUGGCUUAGGCCUGCUCCCGGGUGGCAGAGGGCAGGUUUCAGUUGCAAUGGAUGAUGCCCAGAAAGAGGGUAAAAAUAAGUCUGAAGAUGCAAAGUCUGUUCGUUUUGAAUCCAGCACUUCAGAAUCCUCAGUGCUAUCAAGUAGUAGUCCAGAGAGUACCCUGGUGAAGCCAGAACCUAAUGGGAUGACCAUCCCUGAUAUCUCUUCAGAUAUGCCAGAUGGUGCCCACAAAACUCCUGCCUCAGAAGCAAAGUCAGAAAUUGGGCAGCCUACCAAGGUUGGACGUUUUCAGGUGACAACUACAGCAAACCAAGUAGGUCGUUUCUCUGUAUCAAGAACUGAAGAUAAGGUCACAGAGGCAAAGAAAGAGGGACCAAUGGCAUCUCCUUUUAUGGAUUUGGAACAAACUAUUCUUCCUGCUGCGAUACCAAAGAAAGAAAAGCCCGAACUGUCAGAUCCUUCGCAUCUGAAUGGACCAUCUUCUGACUUGGAGGCUGCCUUCCUAAGUAGGGAUGUGGAUGAUGGUUCAGGUAGUCCACACUCCCCCCCUCAACUGAGCUCAAGGAGCCUUCCUAUCCAAAAUCUAAGUCAAAGCCUUAGUAACUCACUCAACUCCUCUUACAUGAGUAGUGACAAUGAGUCAGAUAUUGAAGAUGAAGACUUAAAGUUAGAGCUGCGACGACUACGAGAAAAACAUCUUAAAGAGAUUCAAGAUCUGCAGAGUCGCCAGAAACAUGAAAUUGAAUCUUUGUAUACCAAACUGGGCAAGGUUCCCCCUGCAGUCAUUAUUCCCCCAGCUGCCCCUCUCUCAGGAAGAAGAAGGCGACCCACUAAAAGCAAAGGCAGCAAAUCUAGUCGCAUCAGUUCCUUGGGCAGUAAAAGCCCCCAGCUUUCAGGUAAUUUGUCUGGUCAGAGUGCAGCUUCAGGCUUGCACCCUCAGCAAACCCUCCAACCUCCUGGCAACAUCCCAGAGACUGGGCAAAAUCAGCUAUUACAGCCUCUUAAGCCAUCUCCCUCCAGUGACAACCUCUAUUCAGCCUUCACCAGUGAUGGUGCCAUUUCAGUACCAAGCCUUUCUGCUCCAGGUCAAGGGACCAGCAGCACAAACACUGUUGGGGGGACAGUGAACAGCCAAGCUGCCCAAACUCAGCCUCCUGCCAUGACCUCCAGCAGAAAGGGCACAUUCACAGAUGACCUGCACAAGUUGGUGGACAAUUGGGCCCGAGAUGCCAUGAAUCUUUCAGGCAGGAGAGGAAGCAAAGGACAUAUGAAUUAUGAGGGCCCUGGAAUGGCAAGGAAGUUCUCAGCACCUGGUCAGCUGUGCAUCUCCAUGACCUCAAACCUGGGUGGCCCUGCCCCCAUCUCUGCAGCAUCAGCUACCUCUCUAGGUCACUUCACCAAGUCUAUGUGCCCCCCACAGCAGUACAGUUUUCCAGCUCCUCCCUUUGGCACUCAAUGGAGUGGGACGGGUGGCCCUGCACCACAGCCACUUGGGCAGUUCCAGCCUGUGGGGACUGCCUCCUUACAGAAUUUCAACAUCAGCAAUUUGCAGAAAUCCAUCAGCAACCCCCCAGGUUCCAACCUGCGGACCACUUAGACCUAGAGACAUUAACUGAGUAGAUUUGGGGACAGGAAAGAGUGCUGAGUGAUUGGGGGUGGAGGGGUUAGUAGCCUAUAUACUAACUACUAGUGCUGCAUUUAACUGAUUAUUUCUUGCCAGAAAGGAAUGUUUUUAAUACUGCUUAGAGCCCUCAAAAUGGAGAGUCUUCCUCCCCUUCACCAUUAAUUGGAGUGGGACAAGAAGGAAAGAGCAGCUUUCUUGUGGUGGGGUAGCUUCAACUUGUGCUUUCCUGUUUACCUGUACCCAACAGUGAGGGCUAGGAAAGAGAAGGGCUUUUAUCAGGAAGCUAUUAGAGUGCUCAAGGGAAAACCAAACCCCACCUGUAUUUUUAAGUGGGUGUAGCUCUUAAUUUUGGUACCUACCCCAAGUCCCUCAUUCCCUCAAGAAUCUAAGCCACAAGACAAAAGUAUUGGGUUCUUUCUUACCCUGUUCCUCCACCCACCCCCACUCUUCCCCACCCCCUUUUUUUCUCUCUCUCUCUUUAGAACCCAGUGAAAAACACCAGAAGACUGAAGUUUCAACCCUUUCUUAUGAUAGGUCAUUAGUGCUUUAAGCAGAUGAUAUUAGCAGCUUUGACUGCAGCAUUAGUAAUUAGGAAAAAAACGUUCCCUGCGGACAUGUAACUUUGCCAUCAGUUUUGAUGUGGAAACACUGUGAUAUAUAAAUGUUGUUGGACAACAGUAGUUUUAAGAUGAAAAUAUGAAAGGUUUAAAAGGUUGAAAAAAAAGCUAGCUCUGUCCUUUACUUAUUGAGACACUUUAACGUUUUCCUUUGUAUUUCCAUUGUAUUAGAUAAAUAAAUGUGAAUGUAAAAUUGUAUAAAUUACUUACUUGAAUACUUCUGUUCUCCCAGUAUUGCUUGCUGGAUAUUUUAGUGCCUUGGACUUCUAUUGCUUUUGCCAUUAGCGUCAACUUCUCAUCAGACCCCAGAUCAGCAAAGGGCAUGUGGGAGGAAAUCUAAGGCCCAGGUGACCCCAGCAGUGGGUUAUGCCAAAGGGAAAUUGAGAGUGUUCUUAAGUCACUUAACAAUUUUGUCUAGAGCAGGUGUGAGAUGAGCAGGUUGAGAAAUUAAGUUGACAUCAGUGCUUGAAAGCAGAAAGUUCUGUUUCAGGAGUAGUGAGGAGGGGUGCUGUAAUAAAAUUGGGCAAUUUAAAAGAUUAAAGGAGGCGUGGGACAAGUGAAAGAAAAAGACUAAGGUAUGGGAGAACAAACUUGUUUGAAGUAAUGUGAUGCCUGGCCAUAGCCUUACUCAUUGAGCUGGGCUUGAACAGACCUAGAAGAAAUGGCUGAACAUGGGAAGCGAGAGGGGGUUAGUUUUGAAGUUGGAAAACGUGAUAGUGAGAAGUGUCACAAAUGGAGAAAGUUGCUCUAAAAAAAACUGUUUGGAUUGCUUUCCUCUUGUUGCAAAUGUACCAGGCAUUUCUCAGCUUGGGGUAUUGUAUUUUUGUGGAAAGUGGAACCACAUCUGAAGUAAGCAUUAUAGGAAAGAAUCAUAUUCUUCCUGUUCUUCUCCUAUGUCCAAAUGGUUGCAGGAUCAUAAUCUGUUGUGCCACCUUUAUUUCUGCAAUUGCAACUGAUAUUCUCACAUUUCAUUUUAACAAAUAUUCUCCUUAAGUAAUAACUGCAACCAACCAGUGUUAUUUAGUGCUAUGCCUAGUUAUAAUGGGCAGUUCUAUUAUUUUCAGAGCUUUCAGGAAAUACUCUCCUAAUUGGCUAACUGGGGGUCUCUAUUAUCUCUGAAGAUGGGGAAAAAGUUAGGACUCUUAAUUUUUUGGGUGCUUCUUGUCUUGACUCUUGAGUUGGGAAAUUGACAUAUUUCCAACCUCUUACCCACCUCAACGGCACAUCCCAGGAAUCACCACAAUAGGAAGAGCCUAUUUGGCUCUCCUAUCCUGUUGUCCCUUCGUGGGCCCUGUUUCUUUACAUUAGCCUAGGCCCCAAUGAUGCAAAUGAAAGCUGAAGGUUUUAGGAAGGUAGAAAUGAAAAGGGCAGAGGUUCCAAGCCCUCCUUCAAAAUUGUUUACUUAUUCUCUGCUUAUAAUUCUUGGGGAGAUGGUAAGAGUAAGGAAUAGAACAAAGAAGGUGGCCAAAUUAACGAGAAAUGGACCACCUAAGACAAAUGAAACAAUACUUUUUACUAGAGAAACAAGCAAGCCAAAUGCAGCACAUUGUUUGUUAUUUUGGUUCAAUAAUUUUGGGAUCUCUUCAUUCACAAAAAAGAACUGGUUUUAUUUACUGUUGAUUUUUUUUUCCUUCCUGUGGAUGAAAUAACUGAAGCCUAGAGGAAUGAACUAGCUACUGAAAUGUUUAAAUUAUUUUUGUGUUAAUAGUACACUUUGAGUAUCUUUUUCCACAUUAAAAAAUCUUUCUGAAUUAUAAAUGUUUUCCUUACAUUAUUUAACAAUGUAUACUGUUUUAAAAAAAAUGAAUAAACAAUUCAAACCUUGGGUUUCUCCGCAGCCGUUAAUUGUACAUUUUGCACUAACUCUGGGUGUUGCGCUUCUUGUAAGAUUGCGCUUUGUGCUUCAGUUUGUAACCUUUGUAGACUUAUUUAAUGAAACCAUUCAAAUAAACCAAACUUGCUUUUGAUGA